AAGUUUCGAUCCAGUAGUCGUGAGAAUUGCUCAAGUCUGUACAGUCACAUUCUACAAUUACCUACGAUUAUACUUUCCAACAGUUUUUGAAAAUAUGGAAUUCCUGCCACCUGAGUGUGCAGCUCGUUCUGCCGGACCGGGGAAUAAAUUAAUGUCCUUGUUGUUCCACACUUUGAUCAGUUCGUAUUGUUCGAUAUCAGAGCCAUCUAUGUGGCCAAUGGAUUAUGGACACACUUUGGCAACUAAAGGAUUGGACACAUAUGACUUUGUGGUGGUUGGAGCUGGAUCGGCUGGAGCUGUGGUAGCUGGACGAUUAUCGGAGAAUCCUGAUUGGAAAGUUUUACUUUUGGAUGCUGGUGGUGAUCCGCCAAUUGAAGAAGAGGUUGUUGGAUGGCACAUUACUACACAACAUUCUGCAUGGGACUGGCAAUUCCAAACCGAACCAAACGGCAAAUCAUGUCAAGGAAUGAAAGGUGAACGUUGUCACUGGCCCAGAGGAAAAAUGCUUGGCGGUACAAAUGGAAUGAAUGCGAUGAUAUAUGCACGUGGAACACGCAAGGACUUUGACGACUGGGCUGCUUGGGGUAAUCCUACAUGGGGCUAUGAUGAUGUUUUGAAUUAUUUCCGCAAGGCCGAAAACCUCCGAUCUCCACGAACUGGUUAUAAAAUGGGCGAUCACGGAAAAGGCGGCCCAAUGGGUUUGAACAAUUUUGUCAGUGACAACGAAUUCCGGCAUACUCUACGGGCAGGAAUUGAAGAAAUGGGCUAUCCCGUAGUGACUGACUUUACCGAAGGCUCAUUCGUCGGCUAUAUGGAUGUGCUGGGUACACAGGAAAAGGGACGUCGCAUCACAACAGUUCACUCACACAUUUUGCCAGUGAAGGACCGCCAGAAUUUGCACAUCAUCCGAAAUGCUCAUGUCAAGAAAUUGAAUAUUGACAGUGAGAAACGCGUCACCGGACUGACAUUCGUUCACGAAGGCACUCGAGAGUACACAGUGAAUGUUCGCAAGGAAGUCGUGGUGUCUGCCGGAGCAAUCGGAACUCCUCAUAUUCUUAUGUUGUCCGGUAUUGGACCCAAGGCCCAUCUGGAGGAACAUGCAAUCCCUGUAGUUGUAGAUUCACCAGUUGGUAAAAAUUUGAAGGAUCACGCUAGUCUCCCAAUGAUCUUCAGAAUUGACAAAUCAUCUGCCACUCCAGCAGCUGAGGCAGAACUUGUUGAUGCGCUUUAUAAUUUGCUUAUGGGCCGUGAGAGCAAACUUUUGCACCACGAAGCAACUUCAUUCACAGGAUUUAUUAACACCACAAGCCUCACUGGUCCAAACCCUGAUAUUCAGACAACACACUUCUUCAGUCGUGUCAACAGUCCCGAGCUGAAGCACUACGUUGAAGCGACAGGUUACACCGAAGGUGUCGCAAAGUCUGUUCUCAAAGCCAACGAGAAGACUAACACUGUCAUCAUCUACAUGCUCCAGCUGAAGCCCAAAUCCAUGGGUGAGGUGACUUUGGCCAGUGCCAAUUACUUGGAUGCUCCAAAGAUGCAACCCAACUAUAACGAAGACGAUGAAGAUCUUCAAACUUACAUCAGAGCCUGCAACAUUUACUCGAAACUUGUCGACACAAAGGCUUUCAAACAACGUGAAGCCGAGCUUCACAAGCUUGACUUACCUCGUUGCAAUGACUUGCCUUACAAAUCAGACGAGUACUGGAAGUGUUACACUUCAUAUAUGACUAAGACUGUAUACCAUCCCGUGAGUACGGCCAAAAUGGGUCCGGAGAGUGAUAAGUCAGCUGUUGUUGACUGGAGACUGAAGGUACGCGGAGUUAAAGGUCUUCGUGUGGCCGAUGCUAGUAUCAUGCCUGAUAUUGUGGCAGCAAAUACAAAUGCAGCUGUGAUUAUGAUUGGAGAGAAGGCUGCCGAUAUGAUCAAGGAAGAUUGGGCGGGCAAGACCAAGGAUGAGUUGUAGUGAGAGUCAGUUGUUGUUUUAUAGAUUUGUAGUAGUAUAGUUUUUUUUUUU